AUGUCUUCGAGAGAUUAUACUUAUGAUGAGCAGGGUCAAUUCUUUCCCUUCUUCAUCCUCACGCUCACUGGCCUUGUGACGCUCCCGCUCACUUACACACUCCUCAAACCCGUCAAAGGCCUAGAAACCUCCGCACCGAGGAUACAGUCCGAUUUCAAGCCUCAACAUGCCGAUCUUAUUCGGGGUCAAAAGCAGAAGCUUUUGCGCAAAGAGCGCCGGAUAAAGCGCAUGAUUACAGUCGUUGCGGGCUUCGCAAUCAUGGCUUAUAUGGUAUAUCUGAUUGUCGUCACCCAGAGGGCGAUACCGAAAAUAUGGGACCCCUACGACAUAUUGGGAAUCUCACGCAGUGCAGAUGAAAGGGCCAUCAGCAGACAUUACAAGCGACUUUCGAUGAAAUUUCACCCGGACAAAAUCAGACCUGAUCCUGCGAAAAAUGAGACGAUAGACAUGUUGAAUGAGCGUUUCGUCGAGUUGACCAAGGCUUACAAGGCUUUAACCGACGAAGAAAUUCGAAACAACUACCUCCAAUAUGGCCACCCGGACGGCAAGCAAAGCUUCAGUAUUGGUAUUGCCCUACCCAAAUUUAUCGUUACGGAAGGAAACGGCAAAUACGUGCUCCUUGUCUAUGGCCUUUUGCUCGGUGUGCUGCUCCCAUACAUCGUAGGCAAAUGGUGGUAUGGUUCCCAACGCUAUACUAAAGAUAAAGUCCUUAUCGCCAGCGCCGGAAACAUUUUCCGAGAAUAUAGACCAGACAUAGUUGAUGGUGGAAUAAUCAGCGCUCUCAGCACCGGGGAGGAAUUUAACCAGAUGCUCGACGAUGAAAAAGCUCAUUCCGGGUUGGCGACGGUAGAAAACAAGAUUUUGGCGGAAACUAAAAAUGGUACUCUUGCAGCCGGACUAUCUAUGAAAGAUCGCCAGGCAUUGAGUGAAUUAGAUGACGAAAGGCGGAGGAAAGUUCUAGCAUUACUCUGGGCAUAUCUCGGGAGGGUUGAUCUCGAGAAUCCAGUCCUCGAUACCGAAAAAUACGAAGUUGCCCCCAUUGCCCUUUCCCUCAACGAUGCAUUCACAUCAAUUUCUCUUUCGUUCGGAAACCUACAACCCAUCCUCGGAUCAUUCCAGACUGCACAGCACCUCAUACAAGCGAUAUCCCCCGGCUCAUCGCCUCUACUCCAAUUACCAUAUUUUACUCCCCACGUAGCUCGAAAUGUUGAAGGAGAACACUCGAAGCACCACAUGACAAUCCAACGAUACAUGAAGUUGUCUCCGGAAUCACGGAGGAAACUCACAGUUGGCAGUGGGUUGCUCACAGAAAGCCAAUACCAAUCGGCAGUGUCUGUUGCGAAGCAGAUCCCAGCAUUGGAAGUCUCCAAGGCAUUUUUCAAAGUGGUCGGAGAGAAGGUCAUCACACCCAGUAGUCUUGUUCAACUCGUUGUCAAAGGCCGUUUCAUCCCUCCAGGAUACUCUAAUGUGCCUGAAGUUAAUGAAGCUGAUCUCGAGGAUGUUGAUUCUGACGAGGAAGAUGCCGGUUCGAAGCCGGGCCCCAAGGGUGCAAAACCCAAGGCCGAAAAGCAACAAGAUGAAGUUCAACCACCACUGGCCCACGCCCCUUACUUUGCGCGUGAUCACUCGCCACGGUGGCACAUUUUCCUCGCAGAUGUCAAAUCCGAUAGAAUGGCUGUCCCUCCAUUUACAUUCACAACCUUCGAUAAGCCCAUUUUUGAUGAGAAUGGCAAACCUACCUUCAAUAUGCAGACUUUGAAGAUGCAAUUCCAGGCCCCACCUCAAAUUGGAAGCUUUCCCUUUACCCUUUACGUUCUCUGCGAUAGCUAUAUUGGAUUUGACACCUCGAGAGACAUUGUUCUUGAAGUCGAAGAUUUGACAAAGGCGGCACAAUUGGCGGAUGAAGAUGAAAUCAGUGAGCCAGAUGAAGAUUCACUUGCUGGCCAAAUGCAGGCUCUGAAAACCGGUCAAACACCGGCACCCAAGAAAAAGCGGGCUGCUAAGGACGAAUCUAGUGAUGACGAUGAGAGUGAUACAGAAGGCGAUGUUGAUGAUGAUACCAGCGCGACUGACACGGAGACCGAUACGGACGGAGAAUGA